GUUGUCGAUCGUGAAGACUUUCCCACAAAAGAAAAGUUGUGCUGGCAGCAGUAGGUGCAUGCAGAGUGAUUAAAAGAUUUCAUUGAUACUUGAUUGGGGGAAGUUUCAUUGCAGCGUUUGUUGUGGCGUUUGUUUCCAGGCAAACCCAUUCGUUAAUUACGCGUUGUUUUGCUGUGUUCCGCUAGCGCAUGCGAGUGUGCAUGGUGUGUGAUAAAACAAUAGCAAACUCUGGCCUGUGAUACCAGCUACCUGUUUCUUGGCACUGCUUGGGAAGCGAACGACGGGGUUCAAAGAGCAUUUCGGAUCACGCGCCUAGCGAAGCGCGACCGCAGAGCGUCAGAAGGAGCGGAGUGUGCAGGUGGUGGAUGAAGGUUGCGGGUGGGGUCGGUGAUUACGUUUUUUUCUUCAUUUUCUAUCGCCGCGCGAUUUCGCUGCCGCGAGUGUUUGUGUCCACGCGCGACCGCGGAACCGGUUGGUGUUGGUCUCAAGGGUUGGGACGGCGCUGACAUUUGUACGCGAGGUGUGAACGCCACCGGAGCUUCAACGCCGGGCUCCUGCACAGGUUCGCAACGGUUCGACCGUCCCAGAGGUGCACCAGACAGCUGACGGUGAAGACGACACCGGUGCUAAAUGAGCGAGACAUCGGAAGCGAGCGUGUAAAAGAGUGUGAGAGAGAGGGAAGAAAAGAAGGAGUGAGAGAGAGAGCAAGCGAGGGAGAGAGAGAAGGAGAGUGUGUGUGUGUGUGCUAACCAUCGGCGGAGAAAGCCCCGUCGAGACAAACUCUGGGAAAGGGGGCCGCUGGUGUGCGCCGGAGCAGGGAACCGCAAUCAACCGUCUUGGCCAGAUGAUUGGCAGUAGGCAUUGGAAACAGUGAAACAUUCCCACCUUCUACCUCCAACGAUCAACGACCAGUCAACCGACCUUCCUCCCCUACGGAUCAUAACGUCGUGAUCCGGCCGGAAAUUGUGCUCCUCUACAUUCCGACCUCGCACCUAGAACCAGGUUUACGCUAUGGCGCCCACUCUGAGUAAGCUGCUAUCGAACCAGAAUGCCGUGGUCGGCAUUGCUGGCUGCACCGUGGCCACCUGCAUCAUACUGUACGGCAAACAGGUUCACAAAAAUCGCAAGCAGCGGCCGGAGGACGAAAUACAAUAUUUCAUCAGCGACAAGAAGGAGAAGCGCAGCCCGAAGGCCCACGUCAAUGCUGUUUUCUUCAAACAGCUACGCGCACUAUUAGGCAUCAUCAUACCGAAGGCAUGGAGCGUGGAGAACGGUUUGCUGGCCGUGAUUGCACUGUCGCUGAUUGCCCGCUCGGUCAGCGAUAUCUGGAUGAUACAGAAUGCGACGGCGAUCGAGAGCACCAUCAUUACGAUGAACAAGCAGCAGUUCCGCUCGUCGCUGGUCAAGUACCUUUCGGCGCUGCCGGCGAUUGCUGUUGUUAACAAUGUGCUAAAGUGGAGCAUAGGCGAAUUGAAGCUUCGUUUCCGAACGAACCUGUCGCAAUAUUUAUACAACGAGUACCUGAAAGGAUUCACCUACUACAAAAUGUCCAACCUGGACAACCGGAUAGCGAACGCGGAUCAGCUGCUGACGACGGACAUCGACAAGUUCUGCGAGAGCGUCACCGACCUGUACUCGAAUAUCUGCAAACCGCUGCUCGAUAUCGUGAUCUACGUGUACCGGCUGACGACCAACCUCGGCGGCACCACGCCCGGCAUCCUGCUGCUGUACCUGUUCUUCUCCGGCGUGUUCCUGACCAACCUGCGCAAGCCGACCGGUCGCCUGACGGUGAUGGAGCAGAAGCUGGAGGGCGAGUUCCGCUACGUCAACAGCCGGCUGAUCACGAACUCGGAGGAGAUCGCCUUCUAUCGCGGCAACAACCGCGAGAAGCUCACCAUCCUGGCGAGCUUCAGCAAGCUCGUUGGCCACCUGCGCAAGUUCCUCGAGUUCCGCGUCGGGAUGGGCAUCGUCGACAAUAUGGUGGCAAAAUAUAUUGCUACUGUCGUUGGGUUCUACGCCGUCUCCCUACCGUUCUUCGAGAAGAACCAUCCACUGCUUACUGGUAGUCAGCAGAGUGAACGGUUGAGCCGCUACUAUACAUUCGGCCGCAUGCUGGUGAAGCUGGCGGAAGCUAUUGGACGGUUGGUGCUGGCGGGACGCGAGAUGUCCCGCUUGGCCGGGUUCACGGCACGCAUGACCGAGCUGACGGUGGUCCUGAAGGAUCUUAACUCGGGCCGUUACGAGCGCACGAUGGUGAGCAACUCGGCCAUCGCCGACGCCGGUGACAUCGGGCCGGGCCGGGGUCUGCUCAAGUUCCAAGAUAAUCUGAUCAAGUUCGAGCACGUACCGCUGGUAACGCCGAACGGGGACGUCCUGGUAAAGGACCUCACGUUCGAGGUGAAGUCUGGUAUGAAUGUGCUCGUGUGCGGACCGAACGGUUGCGGCAAGAGCAGCCUAUUCCGCAUCCUCGGCGAACUUUGGCCGACCUGGGGCGGCAAGGUGACGAAACCGCCGGCCGGCAAACUCUUCUACAUUCCACAGCGUCCUUACAUGACGCUUGGUUCGCUGCGAGAUCAGAUCAUCUACCCGCACACGCACCAGGAGAUGAAGCGCCGCGGCAAGACGGAUGCGGACCUGCUGAACUAUCUCGAUCUGGUGCAGCUUACCUAUCUGCAGGUGCGCGAGAAGGGCCUGGAUGCGAUCGAGGACUGGAUCGAUGUGCUGUCCGGGGGUGAAAAGCAGCGCAUUGCGAUGGCACGACUGUUCUACCACAAUCCGCAGUUUGCGAUCCUGGACGAGUGCACGUCGGCGGUCUCGGUGGACGUCGAGGGCAGCAUGUACGAGUACUGCCGCCAGGUUGGCAUCACGUUGUUUACCGUCUCGCACCGAAAGUCGCUGUGGACGCACCACGACUACUACCUCAAGUUCGACGGCCACGGUGCGUACGAGUUCGCACCGAUCGACGGUACGCAGGACCAGUUCGGCUCUUAAAACCGCAGCAGGCAGCGCGGUAUGGUCCGGCUACUCCUUUCCCCGUUUGACAUUAAUUUACUACGGAUGCAUCGUCAUAAAAGAAGGGAUGUUAGCGGAUCCGAUUAGCUAUGUUACCGUUCGCACACGCCUGAAUCGUUGGUGACGAUUCGAGCGCAUAGGUUUUGUUUAUUUUUUACCGUUUUAGCAUUAAGUAGGUUUGGUGGUUACAACGCUAUUUAACAAAACAACGAUGUCUAUCGCAAAGGGCGCACUUGCGUACGCCACCUAUA